UGAUUUUUUCCUUGACAUUCCAUUUGUUGUAAAAUGGCAGAUGAGGCACUUGCCAGAGCUGGUCUUCACUUCGACGAAUUAAACAAGAUAAGAGUCUUGGAACCUGAUGUAGCACAACAAACCGUUGAGCUUAAAGAGGAAUGCAAAGAAUUUGUAGAUAAAAUUGGAGAUUUUCAGAAGAUAGUUGGGUCAUUUAUUGAAGUUGUAGACAAUGUUUCAAAAGAAGUAGAAAAAGAAAAAAUGAAGGCUCUUGGAUCCAGAAAUUUACUCAAGUCUAUUGCUAAACAACGAGAGGCACAACAGCAGCAAUUACAGGCACUCAUCACAGAAAGGAAAAUGCAACUUGAAAGAUUACGGAUACAAUACGAAGCUUUACAGAAAGAAGAAAAUGAACAAAAUGAAUUCAUAGAACAAUUCAUAUUGCAGAAAUAAUAUAUUUUGUCUCAUUUGAUACCUGUUGUAAAUUUAUUUGUACAUAUUCAUUUGUAACAAAUUCUAUGUUAUAAAGUAUUCUAUUAUAAAUAAAGAGAGAAAGAAA